AUGAGUCUUUCACGGCCGGCAAAAUGUCUGUUUUGCAGCUUCUCCCGUGUAGCCACCCCAAGCACGCGAGUGCCUCGUCGCCAAUUCCACCCAUCCCCUGCAAUUCUGUCGAACCGGAAACCCAAAUUCCCCAACAUUAAGGCUCCCGAGGAGCAAACCGCAUCUCGUUCUGGCCCGCAACCUACAGACUAUGCGCCCUACUCACCCGAAGCCAAGGCCCAGUUGGCGCAGGAAUACUCGGAGGCCCAGCUGAAGGCCAUCGAGGCCGGUGAAGCCGCCAUUGACCCCAAGGAUAUGGCCGAACAGUUCCGCCCACGCACCGACCCUCUGAGAUUUAACUACCUGGACGACUUCUCCGUGAUCGAGCCCGGUGUUGACCGUAACGUGCGGGCACCCCAGUCGAACUCGGACUACAACUUCAAGCUGAAGACCGAGGAUGAUUUCGUGGAGGACUUUGGCCGCUUCUUUGCAGAGCUUCCCAAGGACGCUACUGGUGCUGACUUUGUGCGGUUCGGUGAAUCGCUGCGAUUGACUCAUGGAAAGGAGGAGAACGAGCUGAACCCACACAGCGCGCUUGUGCCGGACCUUUUCGGCCCUGGGGAAACCAUUGACGAUCCCCGGGUGGAAGAGAAGAAGAGUGCCGCGGAGAGGGGCGAGAAGGAGCGCUCCCUUGUGGCCGAGGAGCUGACUGAUGCCUUGAAGAGCCUUCUCCUGGCUACCGGAUACACCAACCGUCAGGUCGCUGACCUGCGGACCAAGACCCUUGUUUCACACAGUGUCGUGAACCAGACCCGUCUCGGUAAGGUGCGCCGUGCUUACCGUCUGUCCAUUGCUGGUAAUGGCAACGGUCUUUUGGGAAUCGGAGAGGCCAAGUCUGAUGAGGCUGCCGAUGCGAAGAUCCAGUCGCAGUACCGUGCCAUUCGCAACAUGCAACCGAUCCCUCGGUACGAGAACCGCACCAUCUAUGGCGAUGUGAAGGGCAAGGUCGGCGCCGUGGAGCUGCAAUUGAUGCACCGUCCCCCAGGCUUCGGUCUCCGUGUGCAAUAUCUGAUUUACGAAAUGUGCCGCGCCGCGGGUCUCCAUGAUCUGGCCGCCCGGGUCUCCGGCUCUAGGAACAAGAUGAACACCGUUAAGGCCGCAUAUGAGGCGAUCAUGAGCCAACGCAACCCGGAGGAGGUUGCUCGGGCCCGUGGCCGCAAGAUGGUCGAUGUGCGCAAGGUGUACUACGCCGGCAAGGUCUAG